UGCUAUGACUUAGACAGAGAGUGGAAUACGAUGCGCCGAUGACGGCGUGGCAGUGUUACGUUUAGCACUUUGAUCGAAAGUCAGACCGUCGUGGACUGCCGCAGAUGUACGAUUCAUUCGUUUCAACACAAUCGGCGUGUCCUUCCACGCAGCGUCUUGUGUUUUUGCUUUUGCUUUGGACCAUACUCACUGUCUUCAAGGCAAUUCCAGACUGUCUGACAUCUUUUUUAUGACCUAGCGUAGCAUAAAGCAGAUACUCUGUCUGGCUUAUAAGUUUGAUAAGUGAUUCUGUAUCUGAGUUUAGAUGUGUGUCAUGUUUUUCUAUAAAAAGUGAUUAUUUUUAUCAUUCGAGUCAAAAAUUAAGCAUACAAAGUGGUUGAAGCAUAGUAGUAACUGUUGGAAUCAGAGUUUGUGCUACUUAGCAACGGGAUAAGUCGUAACAACAGCAACAGCCACGUGAGAAGGACAAUAUAUUAAUUGUUCGGGGAUAUAUUAUCCUCAUGAAAAUGACGUAUGAAAUUGAGUAAAGUUAAUAGGAUGAAUGUGAUUUUAUCAUACAUCAUCAGAUGUAAUUCAUUAUUGCAUUGUUAGUUCAAAAGAUUAUCUUACAAUCUAUAAUUACUUUCAAGGAUCAUAUUAAGAAAGGAUUAGUCGUUCCGGUUGAUUAAAGAGACUCAGUGAAGCAUCCAAAUAAAAGCGGGAAUUUGAAUUCAGACGUGACGUUUGAUCAAGGUGUUGCCGGAAGAUCUAGACAAGCAUCUUAGUAAGUGGUAUCGGUUGGUGAUUGUCAAAAAUCUCCGACGAGGUGGCAGCUAGUGCAUGCGCGACCGCCAGGGUAUAUGCGAACGUUAUUAAUAGAUUAGACAAAGGUGGGGGCCGCUCGACGGGUGAAAAUAGAAAAGAAUGUUUUUGGAAUCUAAUUGGACUUGGUUGGCAGAACGAUGGGGCAAUAUGGCCGACUUGGCCGAGCGGGUGGACGAUCUGAUAUGCAGUUUCGACUCGUCUGGUGACACGACGAUGGAUACACUGUCGAUGCUGAUAUUUGGUUGGAUGCUAUUCGGUCUUAUUGUUUUGUGCGUCGGAAAAUAUAUUUACAAUCGGUUUGUGCUUCACGAAAAAAUCGGUUCAUCGCCAACAUCAGCAUCAAGUGUCGGUGGUGCAAGUGUUCAUGUCAGUAAUACAACAUCCAGUGUUAACAAAGAGCAUACUAACGUCAGUCAUGGUUUGGGUGAAGGACUUUUAUCAGCAGGAAAUAUUGCCAGCAAACUUCUUACACAGGCCAAGCCAAUCAAGGUGGCCAUGGCAAAGUCUGCUUCUGCCAAUUUAGCAACAAGCAGUAGCAGCUCUGGUAUCAUUGGACCUUCUAUAAGUCAACAUGGCUCGAGUGGGGCAAGUGGAUAUGUACCACCAACACCACCAACACGUAAACGUCUUACUAGGAAAACUUCCGGUCCACUUAUCAGCCCUGCAAGAAGCUCGCGUGCCCUUCAUCUACCGGCAGCAACCGGUGCUGACGCUGAAGCUGUUCGCUGGGUCAACGAGCUCGUCAUUUGGCUUUACUCUGAUAUGGUGAUUCUUAAUGAGCUUCUAGCAGUUUGGGUUGUUUCCCUCAACGAUUUUGUCGCCAGUUCCGUUGAUGAACAUGGAGUUGGAGUUGAAUUCGUUCGAGUACUUCCGGAAACUCAACCACCGAAUCUUUCAAAUAUUUUUUGCGAGUGUGAUUCUAAAAAUGAUGUUACAAUAACAUGUGAUUGCGAAGCAACUCCAGCUCUACAAUUAAAAGCCUUUCGACAAAAAGGAGAUAAGGUGGAGGUCAGUCAUUAUCGUGUAAAUGUAAACCGCUUCCGUGCUCGUCUCAACGUCGUUUGUAUUACUGACAAACUUCUGUUGGAUUUAAAAUGUGAUGGAUGGCCUGAGGUUAAGGUCUCUUUGGCUCCUGUGGGUGCGAUAAAAAAGGAUUUGGAUGAAAGCCAGCUUCAGGAAGUCGUAAAUGAAAUUGUCGUUGGUGCACUCAGGGGAACCAACGUCCAUUUAAAUCUUUCCAAGUAUCCAACAUGUCCAAGACUUUGGCGAGAACCACCACCACAAUCUGGAUUUUCUCUACCUCUACAUUACGAUGGCAUGACUCACUCAACAGGGUCACCUGGUGGACAUCAACAUUAUGUUGCUGGAGAUAAACGUUUGCUUGUAAAAGUCGUGAAAGCGAAUGAUUUAGGUGGCCAGCUGGGCUGUUCAGAACCCUACUGCGUGGUAGAAUUAGAUGAUCCUCCUCAGAAACAUCAGACUGCUGUGAAAAAGAAUACUGUUAGUCCAGUUUGGGAUGAAGCUUUCUUAUUUGACGUCAGUCAAAAUACGUAUGAAGUACUUCUGGAAAUCUAUGAUUAUGCUAACAAAAACCAAAGGUUUUUGGGUUUAGGAAUUGUUGGAAUUGAAGAAUUACUGACUAAUCCAAGCCAAAGACAAAUAAUCCCAUUGCAAGCACGGCCUUAUGAAGAAGAGGAUGUUACUGGAACUCUAACAGUCGAGUUUGUGUUCAUUGAAGGAGCAGAAGUCCCUCAAAUUGGGUCGAAACCAUUCAAAGUGAAGGAAACAAUAAAGCCUGCAUCACCAACUCGCACAUACAACCCGACGAAUGUGCUCAGCAAUAGUAGCCUUAAUUAUAACAAUGGUAACAGCACUCUUAUCUUGUACGACUCUUCUGCUCAGUCGACCGGGGACUAUUUAACGAACGGCACGACCGUCGACUCUCCUUACAGAACUGGUCAAACAAACGGAAACAAAGGCACACUCAUUGUGCACAGCCAGCAAAGGCAACCAGAACGUCAAAUUGUCAAGGUUACUCUCUCAGAGGAUGGAAGUUGGCAAGAAAUUUCUCCAGAGCAUGCCAAUAGAGACACCAGUGCAACUUCAGGCCUAGAAAGUACUCCAAAUUCCUCUAAUUCUGAAAGCCUUAGAGAAAGAGGCAGAACAAGGAGGAAAAGACGAGACUUUUUUGGGACAAUAAAAAGAAGAUUAAAUAGAUCAAGGAAUAGAAGUCGAUCUGCAGGUCCUGAUGGAGAUACGAAUCAUGAAGAUGCUCACUCGAGGUCUAUAUCCGCUGAUAGAGCUCGUGAUGCUGGAUCUGCUUUGCUAUCUGUGCCAGGAAAAGAAGAACAUUCAAGACGAUCGAGUCUCAGUGAAGCCUCAGGCAUCAGUGGGACUUCUACGAGGACGUAUGUCAACGAAGCAUCAACUUUAGUCUUAGAAACAUUGGAAAAUGGAGUAAAAAAACACUACCUCGUACCAAUAUCCUUAGCACAAAAGAGCAAAUGGAGGAAAAAAGGCACUAAGUUACAUAUAUUUAAUGAUCACACUUUUAUUGCAAAACAUUUAACUGGAGGAACUGUAUGUGAAGUAUGUAAAAGAACUCUAGCUCGUAGAUUAGGAAAGCAGGGUUACGAAUGCAGAGACUGCUUGUUAAAGUGCCAUAAACAUUGUCAUGUAAAAGUGGAGUCAAUGUGCUCUACGUCAACAAUACAAAGCAUCGAGUUGUCCCUACUGCCAGUUUUGAGAGAAUAAAAUAGAUCUUAUGUUCAAACUCCAAAACUUGAAAGGAAAUACUCAAUUCGUCGAUGUUAAGCAUAAACAAAGGCAAUUACUCAUUUAUAUAUUUAUUUAUUUAUAUUAUAACUGAUAUAUUUAAUAUUGAAUAUUUAAUAAGUAAUAUUUGACUACAUCAAUGAUGUUAAUUGAAAGUUUUUAAUAUUACCAAGAAUUUAUAUAAGAAAAUAAUUAUAAAAUAUUAAUCGUAUAUUAAUAUUCAUUGAAGCCCUCCAAGUGAUACAGUUUUCAUUUAGUAAUUCACAUUUCUGAAAAAAAUAUUUGCUUUUGUGUAAAUUAUUUUUGUUAUUGUUUAUGUGAAAUAUUUAUUUCUAAAACAAAUUAUAUCCAUUUUAUAUUUGUUGAAAAACAGAUUUUUUAAAGAAUAUUUUCAUGAUUUAUUAUACUUAUAAGAAGUACUGGAGAAGUAUUUUAUAUUUCAUUGUCUCAUCAUCAUCAUCAUUAUUAUUACACGUUAUUAUCAUUAUUAAUCUUAUUGUAAAUGUGAAGUAGUCGUUACUACCUCUCUCAUUUGACGAUCAUGAUAUUUAUAAAAUCAUUUUCUUACAAUCAAAACUUCCGCGUUGUAAUUCGCCAGGUUCACAAAAUGUUAUUAGAUAGAGCAGCUAAACUGUUUUAAAAAGCAAAAAUAAUGGAUACAAUAUAUAUUUGUAAUUCUUUAUGGUCUAAUAAAAAAUUUUUCGAUAAAUUAUUGAUAUAUAAUA